AUGGAGAUUCACAGAAGACGUUUCAAGGGAAGCUUCCUUAGCUUCUUUGAAUGGAAUGGCAAAUCUCAAAGAAAGCAGCUUUGUGACAGUCCUAAGUUGCCUGAAAUUUCAAAGGAAGGAAAGGAAAACUUGGACAGCAUGCCAAAGUCAGAGGUCAAUAGGAUAAAAAUGGAUGACAAUGGAGCAAAUCGUAGUAAUAAUGCAAGUUGUGGUUUUGAUUGUGCCUUAUCAAUUAGUAGUGAUGAAGGGUAUGGAACUAAAGCUCCAGGGUUACUAGCCAGACUCAUGGGUUUGGAUUCAUUGCCGGUUUCAAAUGUUUCUGAGCUCUCCUCAUCAUCCACUUCGUUAUAUGGCUCUAACUCUCUUGGAUCUUCUCAUUCUCGUGACGGGGAUGCUCUUCACUCAACGGUUGACUAUUGUUGUCUCGUGGAUCUCAUAAACAUAGGACUUAAGCCGGUCAACUCUUCAUGGAGUGUCAUGGAAUCAAAAGUAAUAAACCCUGCAAUGAAGAGAUUUCAGACUGAAGUGUUGCCUCCAAGGUCUGCCAAAAUCAUUCCAGUUACACACAACAAACUUUUGUCUCCUAUCAAGAGCCCUGGCCAUUUUCCUCCUAAGCAUGCAGCUCAUGUAAUGGAGGCAGCUGCCAAAAUAAUUGAAGCAAGUCCCCAGCCAUGUAUGAGGAAUAGAAUUUCUUCGGCCGGACCUUCAUCUGUACCCUUAAGAAUUCUUUAUCUGAAAGAUAAAUUGGAAGCUGCACAAUAUGAAUCCAUGUUCUCGUGUAAACACACUGUUAACCCUCUGAAUGUCAAGCCUAGUGAGAGGAGAAACAGUUUGUAUAAAUCUGCUCCAAGUUUAAAAGAUUCAAGAGAUUCAGAAAAAAACAGUUCUUGUCGGUUGGCAAGCAAAGGAAAAUCAGUUUCACUUGCAAUUCCAUCAACAACCAAUGUUCAUAGCCGUGAUGAAUUGACUUUGAAUGUUAAUAGGGGAUAUGUGAAGCGGAAGGGACAUAUUGAUAUAAAAUCAAACAAGUUGCCUCGGAGCCAGAAGAAACAAAUUACAGACCGGGCCAGGUUCAUGCAGCAGAAAGCUUGUACAGGCCAGAAUAACAAUGUGCUUGGGAAGAAUAACCAAAAGCUGAGUAGUGAAACCAACAAAGGUAAUUUGGCUUCAAAGGCGGACUCCAAUAAGCCAACACAAACUUGGUCUUCAGAAAGUUCUACUAGAGCAAAGAAGACCACCAAAAAGGGUGCUGUAAAAGCCAAUAGUGAGUCCAAAAGGUCAGGCACAAGGGUAACUGGCACCCCAAAGGAAAUUCCAGUUUCCAAAAGAAUUUCCCAAAAGAAAAACUAUAUCAAUAGAGAUGUUCACAAUGAGGGAAGAGGCACUCAUACUGCAGCUAAUAAUUAUGAAAACAAGUCCAUAAAAUGCAAUGUUACAACUGAUGGAAGUAUUAACCAGGAUGCAUUUAGCAUGAAAGGUAGUAAUGGUGUGAUUUCAUUUACAUUUACAUCUCCCUUGAGAAGAAACAUGCCCGAGUUACAGUCCUCUGAUGAGCAAAUGAUGGGAACAAGGAAUAAAAUUGAUGCCAAUUCUUGUAGCAAUAAUGAUAAGCUCUAUCCUAAAAAAUCAUCAUUAUCUCCUCCCAGGUUACAUGUAAUAGAUGGUGAUGCUUUAAGUGUCCUUUUGGAGAAAAAGCUGCAAGAAUUGACAUCUAGAAUUAACCCAACUCAGUGCUCCCCGAUGAAAGAAGGGACUGCUGCUGGUUUGGAAGACAGAAGGUUUCACCCCAACCUGUUUAGUAAUAAAUUGGACAGCAGGCAUGACAAUUGUUUGUCAAGUGAUAAUAUGGUGCUUAACAUGAAUCAGCAACUGCAGACAUCCGAAUCAAUGGAAGGGCCUAGCUGUAGCAGCAGCAGUGAAAGCAGAAGUGGAAGUUACUUAGAUAGUGUCUAUGGCAGCACAGUUUAUUCUUCCAUGCAAGAUGAAGAGGUGACUGAUUUUACUCCAAUGAAUGAAUCUCUACCACUCGAAAACGAGGCCGAAUGGUCUGAGCAAAGCUCUUCCAUAGUGCUGGGGGAUGGCGUGGUUGCCAUUGAACAAUCAAGUGUAAUCCCAAAUUCAGUCGAAUUUACAAGCUCAUCUAGGAACGUGGAACUUGAAUAUGUAAAGGAUAUACUCAACAAUGCAGAGCUGAUGACAGAAGAAUUUGUGAUGGGUGAGACAGAUAAGAUCAUGAUGCCAAAUCUCUUUGAUAUGUUGGAGACUAAGAGCAUUGUGGCAGAAAACUAUGAGAAGUACUCUAAGAUUGAGAGGAGGGUUAUGUUUGACACUAUCAGUGAGUGCUUAGAGUUAAGAUGUAGACAAGUUUUUGUUGGAAGCUGCAAAGCAUGGCUUAAAUGGGUGGCUUCAGUGCAGAAGAAAAGCUCUUUAGCAGAAGAGUUGUACAAAGAAAUCUUGAGCCUUAGAAGUAUGGAAGAAUUAGUCGUGGAUGAACUUGUCUGCAAUGACAUGAGUGCAGGAUGGCUUGACUUUAACACUGAAGCCUCUGAAAAGGGUUCAGAACUUGAGUUUGAUGUUGUAACCUGUUUGAUGAAUGAAUUGGUUUCUGAUUUGUUACACUUUUAA